UUAACUACAGGGCUUAGAGCUGUUGAAACAGGGGAUGACAAGAACAGGAAAAAGACGCCACCUACUCUAUGUUCAAGGACACCCAAACAUCUCACUCCUCUGGACAAUAGAUACACGGAUGGUUCUGGACGUUCAAGCCUCGAGCACCCACUGAUCUUAACACAAAGCAGCAUCUUGCCCAUCUCAUCACAAUCUGGGAGAAGAUUGGAAAGGAACUCAAGCCAGUCUUCCCGAAGAUCCAGAGGCACCAGAGCGGGCAGUGAAGAGAGCAACUCCUGCAGCAGUAGUAGCCAAGAGGAGGAUGAGACUGUGCCUCAAGAUGCACACAAGAUACAUGUGGGAUUAGAGAAGUCACUCAAUUUGGAAUUAGGGACCUAUUUGGAUUUUCAGGAUUUAGUCAGUUCUGUAAUUAGCAAUACCACAAAAGAUAAACACAAUAUAAUUUCAGACAACAAUAAAGAUUAUACAGCUAUCGAAUCAUUGACUGUCAGGGAGAUCGAGUCUAAUACGAGAUCUUCCAAGUCUUCCAAAACAAUUGAAAACUCAAAGGAUCUUCACGGAAAGUGUCCAACUUUAGACUGCUGCUCUGUUUCUGAAGGACACAAAAGCAUAGUCAGGGAAAUACAUCCUUUAGUCAGAGAAUCCUGUUUUAUCGCAGAUGAGAAGCACUUUACCACUGUGGAUAUUACUGAAGUAGAACAAACUACAGAUGAAAAGAACAAACCAGUUAAAACAACAAAAGGAAAUGACAGGAAAGGCAAACCAUCUAUUCAGACAAACCAGUCAUUCAAUGUUCUGGCACACAGAAAUCAAAGUACUGUUAAAAGUACAAGGAACAUGAUAAAUUCACCAAUUCAAUCAAAGCUGCAACUUAGAGACUGCCUAGUCACUGCAAGAGAGACAACUAACAAAUAUUUGCCAAGAGCACCUACAAUAGCUCGCAAAAAAACAGCAGAUGUAGCCCCAACAACAAAAAGGACCUCUGGACCUUUUCAGCACACAAGGUCAAGUGAUGAGAAGAAAGAAAACAAUAACAGUCAAAAGCAAAUUCACAGAGAUCCGAGAAGUGCAAGAGCACCCAAAAAGCCUGCACCAGGAGUAGCACAGCGAGCAAGGUCAGCUGUCGAUUAUGUCACUUACAAUGACAUGUUUCUUAAGAUCAGUCAGGGAGAUGAAGGUCCAGCAAUCUAUGAAAUGUUUGCAACUCCAAUUUAUGAAAAUCUCAGAGUAGACUGUUCAGCGGAGAAAGCAAGACAGUUUCAUACAGCGCUUCAAGUUAAAAGCCAGAUAAAUGGAAAACCGAGGGGCCAAAAUACAGUGGAGGUUAACCGAAGGAAACAAGCGCAACCUGAGAGAUCCAGUCGAGCUAAGUGCAGGCAUCUCAAGCGGAGGGAUAAUGUUACCAAAGGGAUGAAGAAACACCCUCCUCCUUCAAAGAAUAAAUGCCAUGUCAUUAUAACUUCUACUUGUGGAACCGUCCAGAAGAAAUCUGAAAUGCCCAUCAUUACGGGUGAUGGGAGGGAAAUUUCAGGCGUAGAAAGACAAUGUACUUCCAUACUGUCAGUGAUAGAAGAAGUUCUUUCCAACACUGUGCCCAAAACAAAUCUCAUUACGGACAUAAUACAUCAAGCACAAACUCCAAUGGAUGCAGGUGUUAAAAGUGAACCUGAAAUAUCAUGUGUGAGCAGAUUGCCCACGCAGCCACUGAUCAAUACAUGGACAAGUGAUGGAACAGUGUCACCUGUGCACCAGAGGUUUCCAGAUGUAGCCAGUGAUGGACUUCUCACUGAUGACCUGCUGCGGUCUUUGGCAGAGAAGUUGAUCUCACUUGAGAAAAGAGAUGUUGAAACACUCAAGACUGAAAAUGGAGAUGGCACAGAGUUUAAACAUAACUUGCCUUCAAAAUUUAAGACAUUUCUAAAUAAGGGUGUUUCCUCAGGUGAACUACACAACACUCUCGAAUCUUGCUCACAUGAUGCUAUUACAUGGAAAAAAGGAGAGGUUCUGGGUAAAGGAGCUUUUGGGACAGUGUAUUGUGGGCUAACCAGUCAAGGCCAGCUGAUUGCAGUAAAACAGGUGGCACUGGACGCUUCAACUUCAGAGAUGGCAGAAAAAGAGUACGUUCGCCUGGAAAGAGAGGUGGAGCUUCUUAAGAACCUUCAUCACACUAACAUAAUUGGUUUCUUGGGAACAGCUCUCUGUGAGAACACUGUAAGCAUAUUCAUGGAGUAUGUUCCAGGUGGCUCCAUCGCAAAUAUCCUGAGCCGGUUUGGACCAUUGCCAGAGAAGGUCUUUGUUCUAUACACUCAACAGAUUCUGGAAGGUGUUGCCUAUCUUCAUGCCAACAGGGUCAUCCAUAGGGAUCUGAAGGGAAACAACAUCAUGCUUAUGCCCACUGGAGUGAUCAAGUUAAUCGACUUUGGUUGUGCUCGUCGUCUUAGCUGUCUUCAGACUUCAAAUGGAAGUAAGAGUGACCUUUUGAAGUCUGUGCAUGGUACUCCAUACUGGAUGGCACCAGAGGUGAUAAGCGAGACAGGUCAUGGACGGAAAUCGGACAUCUGGAGCAUUGGCUGCACUGUGUUUGAAAUGGCCACAGGAAAACCACCCCUUGCACACAUGAACAAGAUGGCAGCCCUUUUUUAUAUUGGAGCUAGAAAGGGCUUAAUGCCUUCUCUGUCUGAUGACUACUCUACACAUGCAAAGCACUUUGUCCAGGCUUGCCUAACCAGAGAUCCAAGGCAACGACCGUCAGCAGAGGAACUGCUAAGACAUUCAUUCAUCUCUCAUCACAGCCAAACCUGCAAUAGACCAAUGAACUAAAAACGUAUUCACCAAAUCAAAAAGUAAAUUUUUAAAACAAUGAUACAAUGCAAAUUGACCAUGUGACCCAACAUUUGACAUGGGGAAAAUAUAAUUUACUAAAACAUUAAAGAACCGUACGUAGUAAUUUGACAAACAUGGCGAUAAGCUUUUAACACAAAUGAUCCAAUACACAAAGACUGAGGUUAAGGUAGUGGAAACCAUAUCAUUUAUUAAAUCUAAAUAAAAUGGGGGUGAGGGGGAAGUGCCAGGGUUUGCACUUGCCUUGUCCAACUGCAAUUCAGUGAUCAAAAGUAAAAUGAUGGUUUGUACAAUGCUGGCCUCGUUUACUAAUAGCCUCACCGAAAAAAAUCUAAAUCAAAACCAUUCAUCCGUAUUCAGAAAUAAUGUUGAGGGCCUAUGAAAGCCCAGAUCUCUUUGGGUCAGAAAUGUGAUAAUGAAAUCAAUCUCUUUUUACCCACCUUUUUCUUGUUAUUUGUUAUUGACUUACAGAGUUGCACAAAUAGGCUACUGCUUCAAGCCAAGAAAUAUAUAAAAAUGCACUUCACAGCGAAGGUUAUGUAAACUUCAUAGAACUACACUUUUUGAGGCACAACCUUUGGCAUCCAGCUUAAGGUCAU